UGGAGGAGAGGCUUAAGGCUUCUGUUUUCGCUUCAGUUGUGGACCCUUAUACUUGUGCAACUAGAAAGAACUUUAUGUCUUUGACACUGAUGCUAGUGCUAAAUUCAUGGACAUUGCUGACAAAGAUGAUUCAGCUCAGGGUUGGCCAGCAGGUGCGGUGAUGAGAUGGGAAAAGCAUUGAACCAAGAGCUGGAGAGUGGGGCUUCUAGUGCUGCUUGGGGCUCACUGGCCAUGAAAUAUUGGGAAGUCAUGUAGCAUGUUUUAGCUUCGAGCUUUCAUCUAUAAAAGGAUAGCCUGUGUCAUCUGUAAGGCCAUUUUAAGCCCUACAAUUUUAUAUUUUUAUAUUCUAGGGAAUUGACUUAUAUUUAUCAAAUAUUUGUUAGGUUACCCCUAUCUGCUCUGUGCAAGAUACUUGUAUGUAAAUAUCUCACAUUUCUAUAUAAAUAUCUUAAGUAUAAAUACUUUAACACCUCUGCUCUCAUGGAUCUCAAAAGUACAGUAAGGGUCAGGUAUAUUUUAGUAUACAGGCAUCUAUGAUACAAGUAGCAUCUCCUUAAAUAAAGUGUUAUAAGAGUUAAAACGUAAAGUGUGAAAGCUUGUGAAACUAUGAAGGAGACCACUGAACUUGGAAGUAAAAGGUAAAAUUGGGACACUAAAGAAUAAUCCAUGGACAAGGGGAAAAAAUUUUAAAGAGUUCAGAGUCAGUGAACAGGCUAAUUUGGGUCACAUGUUGGGAGAAAAGGAAUAUAAAACAAAAAAAUCUUGAUUAGAACUAUAUCACCAUAAUGGGAUUUGUACUUAAUUCAAGUGACACUGGGAAGGCCCCAAGGCCUUUAGAUUAGGAAAGUAACAUGAACAAGAAUGUACCUUAACAGGUAGAAUGGAUGAUUAGGCAAAAAGACCAGUGAAGUCAGAGAUUUUGUGAGACAGAUGAAAUAAACUGUCACACCCAAGCAGGUGAGGCCACUACCAGCAGGCAUGAUGGUAAAUCACAGAAGAACAAAGCCAUGUCUACCUGCACUGCCCAUCCCGAGAAACAUGACCACACUCGCACCUGCCCUAUGCUUUGGAGAUGUACAGCCACGCAGUCUCUGCCCCCAGAUUCCUCAAGGUAGUUAUCCUGCAGCCCAGAAUUCCUCAUCAGCUAAAGUGUCACAGGUGGAUAAUGAACAAUUGAAGUUAGAAGGCGAAGAGCUUGAAAGCAUUGACGCCACCAAAUUAAGCCACUUCAUCAGUAUCAACAACCUCCGCUGGGUGACAGAGUACAACUCCAUGACUGGGUCAGGCCUAUUUAAUUCCCAGAUUGAGAUUCACCUUCUUCUGAUAAUAGACAAGGCUUCCCCGGAGUAUGAAAAGAACAUGCAUCGUUACCAAGAGGCAGCCAAGCUCUUCCAGAAGAAGGUGCUCUUUGUUCUGGUGGACAGUGGUGUAAUGGAAAAUCAAAGAGCGAUAUCAUAUUUCAGACUAAAGAUGUCUCAGCUGCCAGCUUUGGCUAUUUAUCGAACUGUGGAUGAUAAAUGGGAUACGCUGCCCAUAAAGGAAGUUACAUUAGAACAGGUGCAAAACUUUUAUGAUGGAUUCCUGGAAGGGAAAUUGUUGGUAAGUGUAAGACUACAGGUUGCAAUUGCUUUUCUCUGCAUCUCUUGUUCAAUGGUUCUUUGGGCUCUACUGAGUUUAAUUAAUAGCAUAAGAAUAUGAGGAUGUGGUGUCGAGAUACUUGUGAGCAUAUAGUUAUGAGACUAGAACUAGAAAAUCAUUUUUGGCAAAGUCUUAUAGAGUAGUCACUUUCUCAUUGUUGAGACAUAAUACCUAACAUACACAGCUGGGAGGAGGAGAGGUUUAAUUUGGCCAAUGGUUUUCAGAGCGUUCACUCUAUGGCUGGUUUGUUCCAGGGCAGAAAUGGCAUGGUAAAAGCUCAUAGUGCAGGAAAGUUGCUCAGCCCAUGGCAGCCAGAAAGCAGAAAGAGAAGGAAAGAGCCAGGGACAAGAAUACGUCUUUUUAGAUCAGAUCACAUCCCCAGUGGCCAGCUUUCAGCCCAAUCCCACCUCCUAAUAAUACAUUUAGCCCUGAAUUUAAUAGAUUGAACCACUGAUGGGAAGAAUCCCCCCAUGAUGUAUUCAGCACUCCAUGAUCCAAAAACCCCACCUCUGAUUACAUGAAACUUUCAUGGACCUUCCAGAUCUAAUGUUAACUUCUUUCCUGCUCAAAGAACUCAAUUCAAGUUUUUUGACAUUUUGUUCAAGAUAUAAUGGCAAACAAACUAAAUCCCAUGUAGAAGAGUGCAUGAGAUAAAAAAUGAAAAUAAAUUUAGGACUUCCAGUGAACACAUGGUUCAGUUUUAUAAACUUAAAAACAAAAAUCAAUUCCACAUCUCACUAUCAGUGUUAUGUUGUUUUUCAGAAAGAAAGUGAUAAAUCAGAAGAAAAGACUCCAAAGGAGGAACUUUGACUUCUCCCUGAUGUUUCUGCUUAUUGCUACAUAUCUGCUUUAUAUUGACUAAAACGGGAAAUUCAAGUUUAAGAGAUACGAAACAAGAGGAUCACCAGGUCUUCCAAACACACACACACACACACACACACACACACACACACACACACACACACACAAAGAGAGAAAAAGAGAAAGAGAGAGAGAGAGAGAAAUAGGAUCUAUUUUGUUCCUUAAAAUCUCAUUGGUUUUGUUUUGCAAUUUCCUAUCCAUUCUCACUACCAUUUAAUUUUCUACUAUGCAUUCAUACAGUUUUGUCCCCUUGUUUUCUUU